UUUUUCAAGUGUCCUUCAUCUUCCCCAACAAGGACACGUACGAUGAAUGGCAAAGGAAGGCUGGAGCAUCCCUCCGGGGCAGUUUAUGAAGGCGACUUCAAAGACAACAUGUUCCACGGAGUAGGAACUUACACGUUCCCAAAUGGAGCCAAGUACAUUGGGCCGUUCAAUGAAAACAAGCUAGAAGGUGAAGGAGAAUUAAUAGAUGAAAAAGGAGUGGAGUGGAGCGGCGUGUUUCACCACACAGCAGCAGUGGGCCUGAAGCCGAAGCUGAAAAUGUAGCUGUUUGGCACUAAUAGUACCACAGAUC